UGUGCAAUCCCAGCUCCUCCCUGGGAGGGAGGGUCUCUCUGAUGAGAUUCCGACACUCCCAAUGGGAAGGGCCAGGGAAAAGAGGGUAGAUAUAAUGGGGAACUGCUGCAGUGGGAGAUGCAGCAAGGUUUGCAGCCAGAAUGGAGGGCAAGGUGUACACAGGAGAGGACUACAAGACAAAGUUCAACCCCAGGGACUACUUAAAGACCUACUAUGCCUUUGAUUCAGGCACUGUAGCUGAAAACGAAAUCUUGAAAUUCCUCCUGAAUAAUCUCUUCGAAACUUUCUCUCCAGGAGGCGUGGGAGGUGACAUCCUGAUCGACAUCGGCACAGGCCCCACCAUCUACCAGCUGCUCUCAGCCUGCGAGGCCUUCCGGGAGAUCAUCGUGUCAGACUACUCAGAGCUCAACCUCCGGGAGGUGGACAAGUGGCUGAAGAAGGAGCCAGGGGCCUAUGACUGGUCCCCAGCCGUGCAAUACGUGUGUGAGCUCAAGGGAGACAGGAGCAAGUGGCAGGAGAAGGAGGCCCGGCUCCAAAGGACAGUCACGCAGUUACUGACAUGCGACGUGAACCAGCCCCGUCCUCUGGGGUCGGCUCAGGUGCCCGCAGUGGACUGCGUGCUGACCCUGCUGGCCUUGGAGUGCGCCUGCCAUAACGUGGACGCCUACCGGGCAGCCAUCCGGAGCCUGGUCGGCCUACUGAAGCCAGGCAGGCACCUGGUCACCUCGGUGGCCCUGAACUGCCAGAACUACAUGGUGGGACCCAGUAAGUUCUUUGGCCUCCCACUGGAGAAGGAGACAGUGGAGAAGGCCUUGCAGGAGGCCGGCUGCCAGGUGCUAAAGAGCCAGUACAGCCCUAUUAACUACUCAGAGGCCUACUGCAUCAAUGAGAGCCACUAUUUUGUGGUCACCCGCAAGGAUCCUGGGGCCUGAGUCCAGUCUGGCAGACAGGGCCUGCCCAGAAUGGGAAGUCAGGGUCCCAAAGUCUAGUAAGUCUGGAGCCCCCCACUGCAGAGUCAGCCUGAACACCAUCCCUUCCAUCUUAUUACUAUGUCUCCAGGUCACAGGUGAAAAGUGAGUUCUCCCUGCCCCCAGCCCAGGUAUCCACCCCCCACACCCUUUUCCAUUUCAUGCUGCACCAUAAGUCAGGAAAAUAAAGUGGCCCAGCCAGAGGCUGUCUUGAUUUGGGUCACCCACUCCCCGAUGCAGAUCUUGAAACAUGGAUUUGAGAGCAAACAGUUUACCUGCGAGAGGAUCCCAGGAAACACUAACAGGAACGAGGGAAGAAAAGAAGGCAGGCAGGCGGGCAGGUAAUGAAAGUGGGUCAUCAAGUUCGUCAGAACAGUGGCAACAGUUCUUCGGUUGGGAGGCCUCGGAGUCACCCAUUCUCAGGAAUCUGGGGCUUUGUCACCAGUAUCAUGAUAGAGCCUCAGAGAAUGGUCAGCUGAAGCAGGCCAGGCAGGGCAGGGAGUCCGGCUGCCCCUCCACAUGACCAAGAAUUGGAGCUUUGGGAGGACCUGAGUCACGUCUCUAGAGGCACCUUCAUGAGGCCACGUGUCUCUCAAGACACUCCCUGUCCACACAACUGGCCAGCUCGCAGCCCAACCAGCUCCUGAUCUUGGGUUGACAGGUUCUCUCUGGCAUGUGGGAGAGUGUUGGCCUUCCACCACCCAAGCCUGGCUCACGUGUGAAGCCCUUAAUGCUCUCUGAACUGGGGCAGGAGCCCCUCACAGCACCCACUGUCCACCGUAGUCCAUGCCUCACACAGCAGGCCCCCUGAGCAAACGCAGUCAAGCCUCCGGACACAGGACCAGAUCUCAACAGGUAAAAGCCUCAGCCAGAGGGGUCAGCUGAGUGUCCCAGGAGAAAACAGCCAUGGGGUUUCCUGUCCCCCUCUCUCCUCACUGCCAUCCAAGCCCGUCCCUGAACGUGGACAUCCCAGCCUGAGAAAGGUCAGUAUUUCCACGCCCCUGGACUCUGGCAGCAGGAUGGGCAUCCCAGGGAACUUGUUAGAAAUUCAGAUGCUCAAGUCCCAGCCCAGACCUACAGGAGCAGAGCUGCACUUUAACAAGAUCCCUGCAAAGCACUGCUAUAGACAUGCAGAGCUGAAGGCAGGACACGGAGGGAGAGCAGGUGCCGUGGAGGGGGAGCAGGGCUCCUUCCCAGUAGUCUCCUCUCCAGCCCUCCUCACACUCACAUCUCAGCUCAAGGAUUGGGGUUCCUGCCCCGCCAUGGAGCACAUGUUCCCUCCUCACCCCUCCACCCCCACCACAUCACCUGUCCCUUCAUUGCACCUGUUAUUCUGCUUCUGUGUCCCUCACUUCCCUCCCUGGAGAGGACAUACACUUCCCUGCAGCUCACCCAGUGCCAACCACACAGUAUGAAUGCACAACUAUUGCUGAGUAAAGGCCUUGCCUGUGUGAAAGUGACUAUUAUUGGUGCUGCCACCCUCACCCUCUGAUCUUCAAAGCUGCUAAAGCCAUCUAAUCCAGCAGUUUUGUCUCAUUCCCUCUACAUGUCAAAUGGGCCCCAGUCCAACAACUUGGUGUUCAGGCAGAAGACUGAGAUAUCAAAAAGUGUGUGCAUGAACGGGGAAGACUGUACAGCUGACCAAAAAUCUUCCCUUCCAAGAAGACAAUCUGUCUCAUCGAAUGACUUUGCUUUUCCUCCCACUGAGAGGACAAGUCCAUUUCUCACCAUCACCUCCCCCCCUCCCAGUCUGACUCAGUCACAUCUCUUGGUUUGGUGGAUACAACAUCAGCAAAUACAAUGGCAGGAGGGGCUUGAAGAAAACUUGCACAUGAGGCUUGUUCCAUCUCUUGCUCCUUGGUACUUAUCCAAGUACUUGAAAACGUAUGUCCAGACCAGCAUCUGCACACAGAGGUAUACACCAGCUUUAUUCAUAACUGCCAAAACUCAGAAGCAAUCAAGAUGUCCCCUAGGUUAAAGGAUAAAUAAACUGCUCCAUAUAAUAAAAGAAUAAAUAUGAGGUGCUAAAAAAGAAUGAUCUCUCAAGCCCUAAAAGUCAUGGAGGAACCUUAAACAAUGUUACUGAGUGCAAAAUGCCCAUCGGAAAGGCUACAUACCACCCAAUUCCAACCCUAUGACGACUUCCUGGAAAAGGCAAAACUAUGGAGAUAGUAAAAGGAUCAGCUUUUGCAGAGGUGGGGGAAAGGAGGUAUUAAUAGGGUGAGCACAGAAGAUAUUUAGGACAGUGAAACUGCCCUGUAUGACCCUGUACUGGUAGAUAUGUGUCUUUAUAUGCAGUUGUCAACGCCCAUAGAAUGUACCCCAAGAGUAACCCAAUGCAAACUGUGGCCUUUGAGCGGUAAUGACACACCAGUAUAGAUUCACUGAUGGCAGUAAAUGUGCCUAUCUAGCAGGGGCUGUUGAUAGCAGGGGAGGCUGAGCAGGGAUGGAGGGCUAUGGGAACCCUCUCUAUUUUCUCUUCAGUUUCACUGUGGACAUAAAACUGCGCUAAACAAUAAAGUCCUUUUUUAAAACAA